AUGAUAGACUCGACUAAAAAAACAAUUGCAAUUCCGGAGGGUUUAAUUACAUUAUUAAAGAAAUUUUUAAUGUGCCAUCUGCAUCGUCCCUGCUGCGGCAAUUAUAAGUGCGACCUGACGGAUACUUUCGGAAGAUUCGAGUGCCAGGAGAAAGUAAAAUUAGGCGACACAUGCAAGUACACCGCCGACUGCGUCGACAUCUUGCACUCUGUCUGCACGAAAAAAAAGUGUCAAUGCAGACAAAGUAACGUCAGAGUUAGCGACCACGCCUGCGCGCCGCUCUUGAAUACCUAUUGUUGGAAAAACGAGACCUGCGCGCCGGAGAAUUCACUGUGCAUUGACAAUGAGUGUCGAUGCAAAGACGGAUUUGUAGCGGAGGACGACGAGUGUCUGCCAGUUGUAAUUGGAUCGAAAUGUAGUGACGAUGCAGCGUGCGCAAGUGUCAAAUUCGCGAGGUGCUCGAGGAGAAAAAUUUGCGUUUGUUCAGGCGACACUAUUGCGACGAGUAGCAGAUUGUGCUCAGUGGCUCUGGGAGAAACCUGCGACUCUAAUCGAGAUUGUGGCGUCGCUGAUUCUUGGUGUGAUAACAAUAAGUGUCAAUGCAGGGUUCAAUAUGUUGCCAACUCUAAAAUCGAAUGUAGACUCCCUCACUUGGGAAUGUCGUGCGAGAAAUCGGAAGAGUGCAACGCUCACAUCAUUAACUCAAUCUGCUUUGAUAAAACAUGUUCAUGCAACGAUCCUUACACAGUUCACGACGAAAAUACGUGCGUGGCAACGAGAAUCUUGUACUGUAAAGAAGAUAAUGAGUGCGUAGAAAUGAAUGGUGCCUGCAUUGGCGGUCGAUGUCGAUGCAGCGCCAAUUACGUUAAGUGGGAGUCAAAAUGUCUGCCAACAAAAUUGGCGGGACGAUGCAGCACAAAUUCAGACUGCGCUGCAGUGAAAUUCGCGGUGUGUGUAAAAGGAGAAUGCGCUUGUCCUAUCGGACUCCUCACUGUCAAUGCAACAACCUGCGGAAAAGCUCUUGGUAAAAGCUGCAAUGUCAAUAUAGAUUGUGCCGUCAGAUUCUCUAAUUGUUUAGAAAAAAAGUGUCAAUGCAAUCACGGCUACAUACAAUCUUCCGAGAGUCAAUGCAUUGCAACGGAUCUAGGGAUGAAUUGCUUUGACGAAAGCGAUUGCAAUCUGAUCACAAACGCGCGAUGCUUUGAGAAUCAAUGCAGUUGCACGGAGGACCAUAUUGAAAUGAAUGUAUUCACAUGCGCUCCGUUACUCAACGCCACCUGCACAGAAGACCAUGAGUGCGCUCCCAAGAACUCGGUCUGCAUUGAUCAUAAGUGUCAAUGUGAGUUCAGUUACUUCCCGAAGUCCAACUACGAAUGUGUCUUAAUAGACCUGGAACGGCGAUGCAGAAUUGACAAGGACUGCAUAAACAUUCGCUUCGCAAAAUGUUCUGACGCUGGAAAAUGCAUCUGCCUUGAGAAUUUCGUGCUAACUAGCCCAACAACUUGUUCGCCAACUUUGGGAGGUUACUGCGCAAGCAAGAGCGAGUGUUUUACUGUCAAUGCAGAGUGUUCCAGGAAUCAAUGUCACUGUUCCCAAGGAUACACGCAGCACUCUGAUGACCUCUGCUUACCUGUGUUCCUGGGUCAGAAGUGCGACAUUGACAAAGAUUGUGAUAAAAUAUCAAACGCUGAGUGUUCUCGCAGAAGAUGUCAAUGCAGAGAAGGGUACACAAAGUUCGACCGCCAGGUAUGCUUGCCUCUGAUUGGCACGCGCUGCACGGAACACAAAGAGUGCGCUGUCUACAAUUCUAAUUGCGUUGACAAUACGUGUCAAUGCUUGGAGACUUUCGUUCCGCAGACUCAGUCCGAGUGUAUGUCGAGUAAGUACUUAAUUUGUCGAUUACAUCAAUUGCAUCGUCACUUAUUCUUGAUACUUUCAGCUGGCAUUGACGUUUAUUGCCUCAAGGACCGUGACUGCGAAUUAAUAAAUACGCAUUGUUCGAGGUUUCAAUUCUGCGUUUGCAAUCAAAAUUUUAUCUCGAUAGACAAUAUGACAUGUGUUCCAACCCUCGGAACUUAUUGCUCGGAAAGCGUGACCUGCGCAACUCCUAAUUCUGAGUGCAUUGACUAUAAGUGUCAAUGCAGCCCGAAUUACGUUCAAGGGCAUUACAAUGAUUGUUCCUCAAGCAGGUCGUGUCAAGUGAAUUAUGAUUGUCAAUACAUACCCAAUGCACUAUGCAUUGACAAGAUUUGUGUGUGCAAGCCCGAUACAUUUGCAUUGACCCCGUCAGCCUGUACCCACUUGUUGAACACCAAUUGCUCGUCUUCCACCGAUUGCGGUGUCGAUGCGUCCCACUGCUUUGAGAAUAAGUGUCAAUGCAAGCCUGAUUGGGCGGCACUCACUGAUAUGAUGUGUGUAAGACGUUCUGAGCUGUAUCAUUGUGACAAUGCAAUUGAUUGUGGCGAGCCCUGGCACUCAAAGUGUUCCCAGAAUAACUGUGUCUGUAACGCAAAUCAUAUUGCUCUUAAUACACUGACUUGCUUGCCAGUUCUGGACGGAAACUGCUGGAGAGAUGAUCAAUGCAUGACGGAAAAUUCUCACUGCCAUGACUUUAGGUGUCAAUGCAAGCCCGGCUUGAUUGCUUUGAUCUUCUUAGCAGAAGUUGCAUUGAUUUUGAUCAUCAAUGCAGCACGAACCGAUCCACCAACGAACUGCGUAGAAUUUGGCGGAACGUGUGACCUGCAUCGUCGUUGCUGCGGUGAAAACCUCAAGUGCGACCAGUCGAUUACUUUCGGCACAUACGAGUGCACAGAAAAAGCAAAAUUGGGCGACUCGUGUCGACUAGCAUUCCAGUGCGUUGACAUUCUGCACUCCGUAUGUUCGAAAAAUAAGUGCGUGUGUCGACAAAACAACGUCAAAGUUAGCGACUACGCCUGCGCGCCAAUCUUGAAUGGCUAUUGUUGGAAAAACGAGACCUGCGUGACGAAGAAUUCACUGUGCAUUGAUAAUGAGUGUCAAUGCAAAAACGGAUUUGUAGCGGAAGCCAACGAGUGUCUGCCAGUUGUAAUUGGAUCGAAAUGCAGUGACGAUGCAGCGUGCGCAAGUGUCAAAUUCGCAGAGUGCUCUUUAAACAAUGUUUGUGCCUGCUCAGAAAACGCGAUUGCAAUCAAUGAAAGGACGUGCUCGAUACGUUUGGGAGAAACUUGUCAAACUAACGACGAUUGUACUGCCGUUAAAUCUUUGUGCGUUGAAAAUAAGUGCCAAUGCAGAGCUCAACAUUUUGCCUACUCUGAGAUCGAAUGUAGACUGGCCUUCAUAGGAAUGCCUUGCAAUCUAUCAAGGGUAUGCUAUGCCCAUUUCAAAAACUCACACUGCAUCGACAAAACCUGUCAAUGUUACGAUAAUUACUUGCUGAGAGACGGAAAUGCAUGCUUACCAGUGACAAGCUCGUAUUGUUCAACAACCGAUAAGUGCUUGGACGCCGAAUCUGUCUGCAUUGCCAGUUGGUGUCAAUGCAAGACUAACUACGUCAUGCGGGAGUUUAAAUGUCUGCCACAACAAUUGACGGGACGAUGCAGUAAAAAUUCAGACUGCUCCGAAGUGACUUUUGCGGUGUGUUCAAAAAAAGAAUGCGCUUGUCCAAACGGAUUCUUUAAUGUCAAUGCAACAGCCUGCGCAAAAACUCUUGGUGGAAGCUGCAAUGUCAAUGAAGAUUGUGCCGUCAGAUUCUCCAAUUGUUUUGAAAAAAAGUGUCAAUGCAAUCACGGCUACACGCAGUAUUCCGAGAGUCAAUGCAGUGCGACGGAACUAGGAACGACUUGUUUUGACAACAGCACUUGCAAUCUGAUAAAGAACGCACGUUGCUUAGAGAGUCAAUGCAGUUGCAAGGACAACCAUAUUGAAAUGGAUGCAUCCACAUGCGCUCCGUUGCUCAACGCCAACUGCUCCAAUGACCUGAACUGCGCUCCCCAAAACUCGGUCUGCAUUGAUAAUAAGUGUCAAUGCGAGUUCAGUUACUUCCCGAAGUCCAACUACGAGUGUGUCUUAAGGUACCUGGAAUUGCGAUGCAGAAUUGACAAGGACUGCAUAAACAUUCGCUUCGCAAAGUGUUCUGACGCUGGGAAAUGCAUCUGCCGUAAGAAUUACGCGCGAACUGGCCCAACAACUUGUUCGCCAACUUUGGGAGGUUACUGCGCAAGCAAGAGCGAGUGUUUUACUGUCAAUGCAGAGUGUUCCAGGAAUCAAUGUCGUUGUUCUCCAGGACACACGCAGCACUCUGAUGACCUCUGCUUACCUGUGUUCCUGGGUCAGAAGUGCGACAUUGACAAAGAUUGUGAUAAAAUAUCAAACGCUGAGUGUUCUCGCAGAAGAUGUCAAUGCAGAGAAGGGUACACAAAGUUCGACCGCCAGGUGUGCUUGCCUCUGAUUGGCACGCGCUGCACGGAACACAAAGAGUGCGCUGUCUACAAUUCUAAUUGCGUUGACAAUGCGUGUCAAUGCUUGGAGACUUUCGUUCCGCAGACUCAGUCCAAGUGUGUGGCAACUGGCAUUAACAGUAUUUGCUACAGCGACGAUGAUUGUCAUACAGUAAAUACGCAUUGUUCAAGAUUUCAAUAUUGCGUUUGUACUAAAAAUUACAUCUCGUUGGACAAUACGACAUGUGUUUCAAUUCUCGGAGCUCAUUGCGCGGAAAGCGCGACCUGUACCACCUUUCAUUCUGGUUGCAUUGACAAAAAGUGUCAAUGCAGCCAAGGUUUUGUCCCGGGGCUGUACAAUGAUUGCGUAUCAGGUUCUGGGCUGUAUCAUUGUGACACUGCAAUUGAUUGUGGCGAGCCCUGGCACUCAAAGUGUUCCCAGAACAGAUGUGUCUGCAACGCAAAUCAUAUUGCUGUCAAUGAACUGACUUGCUUGCCAACUCUUGGCGGAAAUUGCUGGAGAGAUGAUCAAUGCAUGACGGAAAAGACACACUGCAUUGACUUUAAAUGUCAAUGCAGGCCCGGUUUUGUUGCUGUGGCUACAAAUAUGUGUGUCGCGCCUCAAUAA